AUGGACGGAUGGACGGACCACCUUCACUGGCGGUUCCUCGGCGAGCACGUCCUCGUCUUUGGUCUUCGCCUCGACUCCGCAUGGUCGUUCUUCGUGGCCUCCUGCCUCACCGCCGUCAUAUGCUUCUCCGAACGGGUAUUGACCUACGCCGUGAGCAAGAAAUGGAACCCAUUCAACCCACGAGGCCGUCGAGGCUCUCGAUUCGGCACUGCUUUGUGGCGAACAUGUCUGUACUGGCUUGUCACCUUCGACAGAUUGUUGUACAUGCUCAUCGGCAUGACGUUCAGCUUCGGCCUAAUCGUCGUAGCUGUGACCUGCCUCGCAAUAGGCCAGUUCGUAAUCGAAUACCUCGAAAAACCACUCCUCCGGGAUUCCCUCGAGGACCAAUACUCCCUUGAGUCCUCCUCGUCCUCCUACCCCCCGGCGCCGUCAGCGCGCACGAACCCCGCGACCCGCCCGCGCUCGAAAUCAAAGCCGGAGAGCAUCUUCAUCCAUCCCAACCACUCCAACCUCGCCCGCGCGGACGCAGCCGCCGCCGAGCUUGGACUCGCUGGGGACACCGAACUCGUCAAGACGAAUGUGUACCCCGCAGACGAGGACCCGUGGGAGCAUGGCAAGGGCAAGGACCUCGCGCGCGAGCUCCUCGGCCGGUGA